GUAUAUACAUUAGACACGCUUCUUAACAACUGAACUCGGUGCCCCGCAGCUUUGCACUUCGAGCUCUCCUCAGCCGAUUAUUUGCACACCCUGCAAAUCUUUAUCAUUAUUUAAGGCAUCUGGAGAAGCUGCGAGGAGCUAUCUAGCGGCCGGGAGCGGGGACGCGAGCUGCAUGUCGCGCAGUUGACCUUUGUCCGGGCGCUCUUUGACCGGGGCCAUCCGGAGUUUGAGGAGCCAUGUUCAUCUACUUAAGUAAAAAGAUCGCCAUCCCCAACAAUGUCAAGCUCAGGUGUAUCUCCUGGAACACGGACCAGGGCUGGAUUGCCUGUGGUGGCGAGAGCGGCCUUCUGAAGGUCCUGCGCCUGGAUGGCACAACCAGCAAGGAUGUGAAGGGAAAGAAGGAGGGCGGCGCGCCCGGCGGCAACCUGUCGCUCAACCAGACGCUGGAGGGGCACAAUGGGGCUGUGAUCUGCGUGUGCUGGAACAAUGCGUUCCAGAAGCUCACCACUAGCGAUGAGUUCGGACUCAUCAUUGUGUGGAUGCUGCACAAGGGCAUGUGGUUCGAGGAGAUGAUCAACAACCGCAACAAGUCCGUGGUGAAGGACAUGAAGUGGACGUCAAACGGCGAGAAGAUUUGCAUUGUGUACGAGGAUGGAGCCGUCAUCGUGGGCUCCGUGGAUGGAAACCGCCUGUGGGGCAAGGAGCUGGGCAUGGACCUGGCGCUAGUGGAGUGGUCGCCCGACGGCCGCCUGCUGCUGUUCGCCACGCCCGGCGGCGAGUGCCACGUGUACGACGGCAACGGCAACGGGGUGGCCAAGGUGCCGCUCUACUGCAAUGAGGGCUACGCCGGCGCCUCCAAGAUCAUCGGCGUGGAGUGGUACGACGGCGUGGAGGGCUAUGCCGAGCCCAACUGCCCCGUGCUGGCCAUCUGCCUGGACAACGGCCGCAUGCAGCUGAUGCGCUACGAGUCGGACGACAACGCGGUGUGCAUCGACACCGGCAUCAAACCCGUCAAGGUCAAGUGGAACAUGAACGGCACGAUCUUGGCGGUGGCGGGCUUCCAGAUGAGCAGCGCGGUGGCGGACGGGCGCGAGCUGUGGAUGGUGCAGUUCUACAACCACAACGGCGAGCACCUGCGCACACUGCGUGUGCCGGGCGGCGGCAUCAGCGGCAUCUCGUGGGAGGGCAACGGCCUGCGCCUGGCGCUGUCGGUGGACAGCUACGUGUACUUCGCCAACGUGCGGCCCGACUACAAGUGGGGCUACUUCUGCAACACGCUGGUGUACGCCUUCAACCGGCCCGACCGCAGCGAGCACUGCGUCAUGUUCUGGGACACCAAGAACAACGACAAGUACCCCAAGUACGUGCGCAAGCUGGUGGCCAUCCAGGCCUUCGGCGACUUCUGCGUGCUGGCCACCAAGGGCGAGAACCCCGGCGAGCACAUCCUCAUCCUGUGUAACGCCAUCGGAAGCCCCGUGGACUCGAAGUACAUCGAGGUGGAGCCCAAGUACCUGGCGAUCACCAACUACCACGUCAUCGCCGCCAACGACGAGGUGGUGUACGUGUGGCAGUUCCGCACCAGCUUCAGCAAGGUGCUGUCCACGGACAUUAACGCGGUGAAGCGCAAGGACGUGCGCGAGAAGAUGUUCUCGGUGGACGACUCCAACCCGGCGCUGUCGGACCGCUCGCCGGAGAGCUUCCGCAACAUGACCACGCAGACCACCGAUCCCAUCGCCUGCGUCACCGCCUGCGACAGCGUGCUGAUGAUUGGCCGCGCGUCGGGUGUGGUGAACCGCUACUCGCUGCCGCACCUCACGCUGGAUGCGCAGCACGUGCUGCGCUGCCGGCCGCAGAUGCUGGCUCUCAACUGCAAUCUAAGCAAGAUGUCCAUCAUCGACAUCAACGGCGUGCUGACGUUCUUCGACCUGACCGCCAAGGCGCCGGGCGGCGGCGCCAACACCAUGGGCGAGCACCUGUCCUUUGAGCGCAAGGACGCGUGGGACAUGCGCUGGGCGGACGACAACCCGGAGCUGUUCGCAAUGAUGGAGAAGACGCGCAUGUACAUCUUCCGCGGCCUGGACCCCGAGGAGCCGGUGACCAGCUCCGCCUACCUGUGCUCCUUCCACGACCUGGAGAUCACCGCCGCCUUCCUGGACGACAUCAUGCAGCAGCCCGACCAGCCAGACCUGGAGUUCAUGGUCAUGUACGAGACGCGCUCGCUGCGCGACACGCGCGAGCUGCUGAAGAGCGCGAGCGUGGACGACGCGUAUGCGUUCGUGGACUCCAACAGCCAUCCGCGGCUGUGGCGCAACCUGGCGGAGCACGCGCUGGAGCAGCUGGACUUCACCACCGCCGACAAGGCGUUUGUGCGCUGCGCCGACUACCAGGGCAUCCAGUUCGUGAAGCACUUGGGCAAGCUGGACGAUAAGGCCAAGCAGCGCGCUGAGGUGGCUGUAUACUUCAAGCGCUUCGACGAGGCGGAGCAGUUGUACAUGCGCAUGGACCGCCCCGACCUGGCCAUCGACAUGCGCAUGCGCUUGGGAGACUGGUUCAAGGUGGAGCGGCUGAUCCGCGAGUCCAGCGGCGACGACGCGCAGCUGCUCAAUGCGCACAACAAGAUCGGGCAGUAUUACAGCGACCGCCACAAAUGGGGCAAGGCCGCGCAGUACUACGCGCAGGCCAAGAACAGCGAAAUGCUGGUCGAGUGCUUCUACGCGCUGGAGGACUUCGUGGCUCUGGGCCGGUUGAUGGACGCGCUGCCGGACGGCUCACCCCUGCUGGCCAACAUCGGCGAGAAGUUCCAGAGCGUGGGCCUGUGCAACGAGGGCGUGACGGCAUUCCUCAAGGCCGGCGACACCAAGCGCGCCAUCGACUGCUGCGUGCUGCUCAACCAGUGGGACCAGGCGGUGCAGCUGGCGCAGGCGCACAACUUCCCGCAGAUCGAGCAGUUGCUGGCCAAGUACGCCAACCACCUCCUGGAGAAGGAGAAGGUCAUGGACGCCAUCGAGCUGUACCGCAAGGCCAACCACUCCAUGGAGGCGGCUCGGCUCCUGCAGGACCUGGCAAAGAAGUGUGCGGACCAGAAGGUGCACCCGCUACGCGUUAAGAAGCUGUACGUGCUGGCGGCGCUGGAGAUUGAGAAAUUCAAGAAGCGCACGCUAGACAUGGCAGGGCCGGACAAGACCGCCGCCACGCUGCUGGGCACCGGCGGCACCGCAACCAUGGCCGCCACCGCGGCGCAGACGCUUGCGGGCCUGAUGACGCUGGAGAGCGCGGUGUCGGGCGAGGCGGGCGUGGACAGCGCCUGGCGUGGCGCGGAGGCCUACCACUUCUGGCUGCUGGCGCACCGGCAGCUGUACGCAGGCAACGUGGACCUGGCCAUGCGCACUGCACUGCACCUGCGCGAGUACGAGGACCUGUUGGACCCGGUGGAGAUCUACUCCUUCCUGGCGCUCGCCGCCUUCUACAACCAGUUCUUCGGCCAAUGCUCCAAGGCUUUCAUCAAGCUGGAGUCUAUGCCAUCCAUCCCCAACGACAAGCGUGAGUCCUUCGCAGACCUGGCUAUGUCCAUCUUCCUAAAGCACCCGCCCGCCGACCCGCGCGCGCUACGUGAGACGCGCGAGAAGAAGGCGCCCGGUGGCGGCGCCAUGGCGGGCAACUCACUGGAUGCCCUACUGGAGGACCUGGGCGGCGGCCGGGAGCAGGUGUGUGUGGCCAGCGGCCGCAUCGUGCGCGACGGCAACGUGGUACGCUGCAAGGUGUGCAAGCACCUGUCCAUCACACACGAGCUGCACGGCGCGGCUGUGUGCCCGCUGUGCCAUGCCGCGCUGCCAGUAUCGGGAGGCGGCGCGCCCGGGAGAGGCAUGUCGGCGAAGGGCGGCGCUAUGGCGCAGAUGUACGGCGCGUAUUAGGAGACAAGCGAGCGCUAGGGCGGCAGAGCCUGGCCGCAAGACACGAAGGACCAGGGACUGGACUGUUUUACGGGCACGCAUAGGGCUCGUGGAUUUGACUGAGUCCUGUUGGUGCAUUGGUGGCGGCGGAUGCAGGCGGUGAUGUAGUAUUCUCCGCCUGACUUCGCUUGCAGGCCAAAAUGACGAGCCGCAGUAGGAUGAGGCCGUGGAACAUUGAUGUGUACAUACGGGCGUGAAGCAAUGGGCAACAGUAGUAUUCCAGGUUGUGGUGUUGCGAUAACACAUACGUCAGUGCACCUGACACAGGAGCUCGAAGACGCACGCUGUGUGCAUCAUGUGCCGAUGUGCGUCACCUGCCGUACGGUUGUAAUCGAGGAAGGAA